UUUUAAAUUUAAUUUUUUGAAUAAUUUAAAAAAGAUAAAUAAUAGAAAUUAUUAAAAUAAUUUGAAUUUGAAUUUUUUAAAUAUUUUUAGGCUGACGAGGUAAUGACAUGGCUUGUUGACCGUCCAAAUUGACGGUCAAACCAUGUGUCAGGCCAAUUGAGUCGAUAUGCUGCAUAGUUGAGCCCAUGAUGUUAAUUUCUAAAACAAUGGAACAAAAUUGAUUAUAGUUCGGAUAAAAAUAAGGUAUUAACCAAAAUUUCAGUGACCAAACUUGCAAUUUACCCUUGUUAAUUGGUUGUGUACUUUGUGUGUGCCGUUGUGAUGCCAUGGAGGACCAAGGAACCCGGGCCCAAAGCAGAGAUCGAGCUUGGGAAUUCAAUUUCAGUCCAGCCACUCUGCCAAUCCAGCACGCCACCGAACCCUCGGCUGAGUGCUUCACUCCAGUUAACCUUUUCAUGCGCUCCUCGCGGCCGCUGGCGAUACAGUUACAGAUAUAGUCUUUUAGGUGUUGGGUUCUGGAUUCAAAUUUCAAGUUUCAUCUUUCCUUCUGGGUUCACGGUGGAAAUUGGGUUUGGAUGAUAGAGCUUGUUCUGGUAACGGAAUGGAAUGAUUCAUUCUGAGGAAAGGCGGGCGAAGGGCUGGUAGUAUCUAUUGAUGACUGUCAGCAGUGUCCGGGUCUCUCAUUGCCAAGGCUUUCAAUUUAACGCAGUUCAGCAGCUCGGCAUGGCUAGGAUCAUCCAUCGAAUCUGCUAUCGGUAUCAUUGGAGAAGACAAGCAGGUAUUACUGAAUUCCCUUAUGCUUAUUCUCCAGCUUCUGCCGCAGCUCCUCUCUCGACCUACUUCUCCUCCAAUCCAACUAGUCCUCGGACCUCCAAUUCUGUAACUUUCGCCAGCAUAGAUGAUGCCUUGGAUUCAUUUAAUAGGAUGCUCCGCAUGAACCCUAGACCCUCAAUUGUGAAAUUUUCUCAGUUGGUAAAUUCUCUUAUGAGAAUGAACGCCUUCGAGGCUGCCUUGUAUGCGUCUAAACAAAUGGAAGUAGCUGGAUUCCGCCAUGAUCUUCACACGCUGAGCAUGUUGCUUCGUUGCUUCUGUAAAUUGGGUCGAGUGGAUUUUGGCUACUCAGUUUUGAGCAAAGCUUUGAAACUCGGUGUUCAAUUCAACGAUGUAAUGCUCAGUACAUUGAUUGAUGGGCUCUGUAAAGUUGGGAAAGUAAUCGAGGCUGCAAGGUUGGUUCAUAAGAUUAGGAUUUUGGGUUAUCAUCCGAAUGUUAUUACUUAUACCAUAAUUAUAGAUGGAUUAUGCAAGCUAGGGCAAACGAGUGCAGGACUUGAAUUGCUCAAAAACAUGAACGAGUUGGAAGAGAGGAAGAUCAAGCCCAAUACAGUUAGCUAUUCCACAUUGGUUGAUGCUUUUUGCAAGGAAGGAAAUGUUUUGGGAGCUAAAGUUAUACUCAAAGUGAUGAUUCAAAGAGGAUUUCUUCCGAAUGUUAUUACUUACAGUUCAUUGCUGGAUGGGUACUGUUUGCGCAAUGAAUUAGACAAAGCUAGAAAGUUAUUUGAUUUCGUGGUCAAUAAGAGAUGUGAACCUAACGUUUACUGUUAUAAUAUCAUGAUUCACGGAUAUUGUAACAAUGGAAGGAUGGAUGAAGCUGAAGAAUUACUUAAUGAUAUGCUGGAGAAGGAUGUGGCUCCGAAUACAGUCACUUAUACUACUAUGCUAAAUGGAUUUUGUCAAGCAGGGAGGCUUAAAGAUGCACAAAAAAUUCUCAAGAAAAUGAGCGGUCUGGGUUGUUCCCCGGAUAAUGUGACAUACAAUAGCUUGCUUGAUUACUUGUGUAGACAAGGUCAACUUGACGGUGCAUUAGCUCUAUUUCAAGUAAUAGAAAAUAGUAGGUUGAAGUCUGAUAUUACAGGGUACAGUAUCCUUAUGGACGGGCUGUGGAAAGCGGGGAGGGAAAAGGAAGCUAGGGAAAUGUUUUCUAUGCAGACAAGGUUUUGUCGAUGAAGCAUAUGAUCUGUUCAGGAAAAUGGAGGGGGAUAGUUGUCUACCUAAUAGUUGCUCUUACAACGUGAUUAUUCAUGGAUUUCUUCGCCAUAAGGAUCCCCUUGAAGCAAUAGACCUCAUUCAUGAGAUGGUUUCGAAAGGUUUCUCAGCCGAUGCAACCACCAUGUCUUUGCUAAUAGAAUUGUUGCCCAAGAAUCAGUUGGAUCAUCCAAUAUUCCAGAAGCUAUUGAAUGGUCCUGAUAUCAAGAGUCAUAAAAUAGGGUCUAGUGGUCUAUUAGUUGCUGCAACUCAAGGAACUAGCUGAAAUUCUCAUCCAAAGGCCAGUUGCAUGAUCCUGUAAUUGAUCAAAAUCUCUCGGCUUGGAGAAGAUUCUGAUGAUAGAAGAUAGCUGGAACUAACGGUCCGAUUCAUGAUCCUUGUCAUCCCACUUACAUAUUGUUGAUUCUGUCUGCUGUACAAACGAGCUCCGAUCCCUGUACGUUUCUGUCCAUGUUUGAUGCAUUAGUAUGUGCCGAACCUGUUUGUGAUUAUUGUUUAGAGAUAUGAAGCUCGCUUGUCUAGCAACAUGGAUUGAAGACAAAGGCCAAAGCCUUGAAGGGAACUCUAGGGUUCUGCUUUUGUCAAGAAGAAGCAAUGCUUUGGUCACCCAAUUUUGGACUUCACUCAUCUGAAUGAGAUAGUAAUCAACCUUCAAAUGAAGCUUGUGUUAGGAAGUAUUAUGUAUACUGGUUAAAUGGUCAGCGCUUUGCGGCUAUGUUAAUUUUGCUGAAUAUGAAUCUACUUUCAAUCCUACUUUAAAUGAAUUGCAAUUUGGAAC